CGCCGCCCGCGGGCGAUGAUUCACCGCGAUUUUCCUUUUAAGGCCGGGCUCGGCGGGGAGGAAGCAGAGGAGGAGGAGGAGGAGGACACUCCUUGGACCUGGCUGGCUCCUCCUGCUCUCGCUCGAGGCUCCGACGCGCAGCCAAAAGCGAAUCCCGGCGGCAGGGCUCGGCAGAGGCUCCGACGGCUCCCGGCCCCGCUCCUCCUCGCCCAAAGCGUCCGCCCCUGCGCCCGCGUCCCAGCCAUGGCAAGAAACCACCAAGUGCAGAAGGCCAAGCUGGCCGAGCAGGCUGAGCGCUACGAGGACAUGGCAGACUUCAUGAAGGCCGUGGUGGAGCACGGGGACGAGCUGUCCAACGAGGAGCGCAACCUCCUCUCGGUGGCCUACAAGAACGUGGUGGGCUGCCAGCGCUCGGCCUGGAGGGUCAUCUCCAGCAUCGAGCACAAAACCGAGGAGGGCGACGACAAGGCGCAGCUGGUGAACGAGUACCGGGAGAAGGUGGAGCGGGAGCUGAACGGCGUCUGCAACAACGUCCUGGCCUUGCUGGACAAGUAUCUCAUCAAGAAGGCGAGCGACCCUGAGAGCAAGGUCUUCUACCUGAAGAUGAAGGGCGACUACUUCCGAUACCUGGCCGAGGUGGCCACUGGGGACGACCGCAAGAAGACGAUAGAGAACGCCCAGGAAGCCUACCAAGAGGCCAUGGACAUCAGCAAAAAGGAGAUGCAGCCCACGAACCCCAUCCGCCUGGGGCUGGCCCUCAACUUCUCCGUGUUCCACUACGAGAUCGCCAACGCCCCCGAGCAGGCCAUCUCCCUGGCCAAGACCACCUUCGACGAGGCCAUGGGGGACCUGCACACGCUCAGCGAAGACUCCUACAAGGACAGCACCCUCAUCAUGCAGCUGCUCAGGGACAACCUCACGCUAUGGACAGCCGAGUGCGCCGGGGAAGACGGCGGCGAGGCUGGAGAAGAGCCCAAGAACUGAAAGGCCCCCGCCGAGCUGGGGACAGGCCCCCACCUGCCCCCUCCUCCAGUCCCUUCGGCAUCUCUUCGUGGCUUUUUCUUUGUUGUUUUUUUUUUCCUUUUUUUUUUUUUUUUUUUUUUUUUUUUGUUGUCGUUGUUGUUGUUGGUUUUUUGGAGGGGGAAGGAGUCUCAACUCCUCCACGGCCCCCCUCCCCCUCGCCAAGCCUGGAUGCCGGGAGUGGGGGUGGUUUUGGCGUGGCCUCCCUCCUCCCUCUCCCUCAUCCUCUGCUCUGGGGAGGGGUAAAGGAGGGAGAGAGGGUGCCUCCGUUCUGGAGGGCUGCCAGCCCCCCUGCUAUUUAACAAUUUUUGGGGAGGGGGUGUCCAGCCUGGCAUGUGCCAGCUUCAAACCCCCUGUCCCGAAGGGCUGGAGCAGCAACAGGAGGAGGUGAGGGGCCGGGACGGCGCAAGGGGGGGUCCGGGCAGCUCCCUCCCAUUCUGGGAGGGGGUCUCAUGUUGCCAAAGCCUCUGUGGGUCUCCAAUAAACCGUCUCCUGCACUCCUGCCUC